CGGGUAGAUUCAUUCCAGUUUCUGCCACUGCAGAUUUGCCUCUGUGCAAGAAGAGAGCUGGAGCUGAACCUCCUCUGUGCAUGAAAACACUCUGCAAACAUGGCUGGUAAGAUCCAGAGUCUGACUGAGGAGGAGAGGGCCCACCUACUCCCCUUGCUACGCAACGCUCAGUGGGUGGAGGUUGUGGGACGGGACGCCAUUUACAAAGAGUUUGUUUUUAAAGACUUCAAUCAGGCUUUUGGUUUCAUGUCCAGAGUGGCGCUACAAGCAGAGAAGAUGGACCAUCAUCCUGAGUGGUUCAAUGUCUAUAAUAAGGUCCAGAUCACUCUCAGCACACAUGACUGUGGGGGGCUGUCCCAGCGUGACAUCACUUUGGCCACCUUCAUUGACCAGGCAUCUCUGAUGUGACCGACACACAUUGUCAGUCGAUUCCACAGUGAAAACUGAAGUGCUGGAAGUCACAGCUCUUCUUAUAUUCAUUCCACUGAGAAAUCUCUGAAGCUGUGACCUGCAACACCCAAAGAAUAUGAACCAGUUACUUUCAAUUGUUGUGAAUAAUGUAGCAGGUGUUAAAAUUAUGCUGUUGUUGGUUUUGCAUAUGGUGAAUAUAUGUGAGAUUUUUAGCUAAUGGUAAGACAAAUCAUAAAAUCAUUUACCUUACAUUUAAUUUACACUCAAGUAAAAAUACAAAUUCCUCAGUAUCCAUUCCACUUGUUAACACAGGUACCAUUUACAAUAAUGCGUCUUUCUGUCACCAAUAGUGUCUUAUGUGGCAAUUUUUUGUACUGUUAGUAAAAAGUUAUUUUCUGCAAAUCUA